CUUUCUUGCUCAACAAUUCUCUGCAUAGAGUCAAAAACCGUCUCCUCAAUUCGCUGACUCUAGUUUUCCAUGUCGAACGCAGCCAACCCAAAGCUAUGGGUGGUGAUCGGCGUCGGCGUUGCCGGAGUAUUAAUCCUCGCGGAAGUCCAUCGGCGUCGCCUCAAAGCCAGGAGCUCCGUCAAAGAAGAUUUUGGAGCGUUUGUCGAUAGGUUUCAGCUCCUUCCAUUUCCUCAUCCUCCGCCGCCCGCUGCUCCCCUCUCGCUCUCUGCUCUUACAUUCGCGAUCAAUGACAAUAUCGAUGUUAAAGGCUACGUGACUGGUCAUGGGAGUGCUGAUUGGAAGAGGAUGCAAGCAGCCGCGGAAAAAACAGCAUUGGUUGUAACAACAAUGCUAAGAAAUGGGGCGACUUGUGUGGGCAAGACAGUCAUGGGCGAACUUGGUUUUGGGAUAUUAGGGGAAAAUAAAAGUUAUGGAACCCCAGUAAAUCCUCAAUAUCCUUGUCAUUUUCCUGGUGGCUCUGCAAGUGGUUCUGCAGCGGCUGUUGCAGCCCGCAUAGUAGAUUUUUCUCUGGGUACUGAUACAACUGGUUGCAUAAGGAUUCCAGCAUCAUUUUGUGGCAUUAUUGGAUUCAGGCCCUCUCAUGGUACUGUAUCUACAAUUGGGGUGUCACCAAAUUCUCAAAGCUUAGACACUAUCGGAUGCUUGGCAUCUGAUCCACUGGUUUUGCAUCGCUUGGGACAUGCUCUACUUCAAUUAAGUCCACUGGAGCCUAAGAGGACAAGAAGCAUAUUAAUAGCUGAUGAUCUGUUCCAGCUUUCUAAGGUCCCUGUGCAGAAGGCAGUUUAUGUUAUUAGCAAAACAGUAGAGGCGUUAUCUAGCUACCAGACACCUAAGCAUAUUAAUUUCGGGCAGUACAUCGCUUCACAUGUUCCAAGCCUAAAAAUUUUCUCCGAGGAUUCGGCAGGGCUGCAAAAUGGAAUAUGCACUUUGAGAGCACUGUCUUCUGUAAUGCUUUUACUACAGAGACAUGAGUUCAAAACAAAUCAUGAAGAUUGGAUUAGAUCAGUCAAACCAAAAUUAGGCACUGAUGUCUCGCAACGUGUUUGGGGAGCAAUAAAUACAGUCCAGGAGAAUGUCAAGAGUCUAUAUAAAGUCAGAAUGGAAAUGCGAGCAGCUCUAAAGAGCCUCUUAAAGGAUGAUGGGAUAUUAAUAACUCCAACAGUAGCUGAUCCUCCACCCAGGCUAAACUCAAAAAAGGGUCUGCGAGUAGAGUUUUACGACAGAAUGUUUUAUUUGUUGAGCAUUGCAAGUAUGUCAGGAGGUUGUCAGGUUACCAUUCCAUUUGGGACACAUGAUGAUAGUCCGGUUUCUAUAUCAUUUAUUUCAUCUCAUGGAAGUGAUAAAUUCCUGCUUGAUACUGUUUUGGACAUGUAUCCAACUCUUCAGGAUGUAGUAGGUACUAUUUCUAGCUCCUUACCGUUACCAUAUAUUAAUGGUAACAUGGAUGCUGCUGAGCUUGUAAAAGAAAAGGGGAAUGCUUUUUAUAAAGGUAAGCAGUGGAACAAGGCUGCAAGUUACUACACACAGGCGAUAGAACUGAACAAAUCAAAUGCAACAUAUUAUUGCAACCGGGCAGCUGCCUUUUUGGAGUUGGGAUGUUUCCAAAAAGCUGAAGAGGAUUGCAGCAAAGCAAUUUCUCUGGAUAAGAAGAAUGUAAAGGCCUAUCUAAGACGUGGAGCCGCUAGAGAAUCACUGGGCUUACACAGGGAGGCUCUUCAAGGUUUGGCAACCAACUCAUCAACCUUCACAUUUGCUGUAUACUAAUUUCAAGCACGCACUUGUUUUGGAGCCUCAGAAUAAGGCUGCUGGCGAAGCUGAGGAGAGACUGCUAAAAUUGAUCCGCUGAGGCUAUAGAAGUUUUAUCCGAUUACUCGUGGGAAUAUUAGUGUUGAUUCUUUCACGGAGGUCAAAGCGUAUAAAUUCUGAUGAAGAUUAUGUAUCGGUUUAAGUUUAGAAAAUUCUGAUCGAGCAUAUAAUGAAUGGGGCUUGAUUAGUUUAUAAAUUUUGGUCAUUCCUGCAAUUA